AAUAUCGGGACAUCACAUUUAAAAUGGGUUUGCUUUUCAUUCCGUCGUUGACAAAGAGGACAAACUAAUGGAAACCAAGAGCAAGACUACUUGUCCACUGUGGAAGAGUAGCUAGAUAGAUAGAUAAGUUAGCUUCUAGUUCCUGAUAUAUAGCUAGCAAGAAGCUUCUCUAAGGCAAGAUGAGUGGUCAUUCUGGUCAAAGUCCUGUGCCCGUCGACAGCAAUGGCAUUACUCCAUUUCAACAGAUGUUGGCUUCCUGCUCAGGGGCUCUCCUGACGUCAUUGUUCGUCACACCUCUGGAUGUUGUCAAGAUCAGACUCCAGGCUCAGAAAAGUCCCUUUCCCAAAGGGAAAUGCUUUGUGUACUGCAACGGCCUGAUGGACCAUACCUGUGUGUGUACGAACGGCAACUCCAAGGCCUGGUACAAGGCCCCCGGCCACUUCAACGGCACUCUGGAUGCCUUUAUUAAGAUAGUCCGCAGGGAAGGGAUCAGGUCAUUAUGGAGCGGCCUCCCUCCAACCCUUAUCAUGGCGGUCCCGGCUACGGUAAUCUACUUCACGUGUUACGACCAACUGCGUGCUGCCCUGAGGGUCAGGAUGGGGUCACACACAGAGGAGGCGCCUCUAAUAGCAGGCGCCCUCGCCAGAGUGGGCUCUGUGACAGUGAUCAGUCCGUUGGAGCUGAUCCGUACUAAGAUGCAGGUCCAGAGACAUUCGUACAGGGAGCUGAGUGAGGUUAUCUGCUCUGCAGUACGCAACGAGGGCUGGCGGUCUCUCUGGAGGGGCUGGGGACCCACACUGCUUAGAGACGUCCCCUUCUCAGCCAUGUACUGGUAUAACUAUGAGAAGGGGAAGGUGUGGCUGUGUAAGCACAACAACAUCAGAGAGCCAACGUUUGCCAUCACCUUCAUAUCCGGAGCAGUGUCUGGAUCAAUCGCUUCCAUAGUAACGCUGCCCUUCGACGUAGUGAAGACCAGGAGGCAGGUGGAGAUAGGGGAACUCCAGGCUAUGAAUUUGUCGUCCAAGGCCUCCUCCUCCACUCUCAGUGUGAUGACCAAGAUUGUGGCUGAGAACGGCGUGGGUGGACUGUUUGUAGGUUUCCUCCCCAGGGUGAUCAAGGUGGCCCCAGCCUGUGCCAUUAUGAUCAGCUGUUAUGAGUUUGGGAAGGCCUUCUUCCGCAAGCACAACCAGGAGAGGCUGCUGACCAGCAACACCUGACCUGACUAGGGCCUCUCACACACACAGACCACAACCAUAGACAAUACCAAGAACAGAAUCCGCCAUUGCCAACAGCAGGUAUUGGCUACCUGUACAUUUCCCUGGGUUCUUAGAGAUUUUCAGGCGUAGCAUUGCUUGCCUGUGUCCUCUCAGCUGCUUAGACACUCCAACACCCCCUCACUGUUAGAAAGUGUUCAAGUGUGUGAUGUCAUGUGACUAGCUGGAUGUAGCUAAUGUUGGCGUUUAGGACCUAAGAACGCCAGGACGUGAUUCUGUUCCAAAGCAGGAAAUACUGGCAGACAUGAAAACAAAAUGGAAGACAAAUAGUUGUAGGUAUCAACAUUAUUCAUAUUUUAUCUUAUAUUUCUCAAUCAAGGUAUACUGCACUUAACUACCAUACUAAUUGUGACAAGAGAAAAUAGCAAAGGUGCACAAAUUGUAUUUUAAAUAUAUAGUUAUUUGCCAAAUCAUGAAGGUAUUAGCAUUUUGAUAAUUACUUUAAAAAUAAUUUGCGUAAUGUUUUUCCUCUUUUUCCUCCGCAUUUAAUACACUGGCCUGUAGGUGGUAUCAGAGACUUGUCUGGAACCAGAAACUGGGGAUUCCUAUUGGACAAGUAAUACCACCUCUGUUUCAAAAUGUUUUAGCCCAUUACGUUAGUUGUUGAGGUAUGGGGUUGUGUGCACUGUGUCAUCCGGGGUCUGACCGUAAUAAAAAUCAUUUGAUGGAUGUU